GCCUCUGCAUAUAUAUGCAUCGGACACCUGUCCCUUCAGAUGACUGCCACAGCAGCGCGUCCUGGCUGCCGGACGCUCCGUCUGCCUCCUCUGACCCGCGGCCGAGGUCCUGGGCGCCUGCUGGGCUUUGGAGCCGUGCGUCCGACCCCGCUUCUGACCAACUGAGACACAGUGAGGGACUCGGGAAGCGAUGGCCUCUGAACCGGAGCCUGGGACUAGCGACAGUGAGCAGGACGGCUUCAUUUACAUCCCCUCCAGAGGGUCUCACUUCGGGGCAGUGGACGGAUUCGAGCGGUCGACCCCCAUGAACGAAAGCGCGGACGAGGGGCUGAGCGAAUUGGGCGCCUGUCCUGAGACUGCCUCGAACACCUAUAUCAACGGCAAACCCAGUGCAAAAUACCAGAGCUGCGUGGUGCAGACGGACCUGAUGAGGGACCAGAAGCAGGAGCCGCGCUGGCAGGAGACGGGCCGCUGGCUCGGCUACGGGGGCGGCGCCGACCCGCGGGCCCCACAGGUCUCCUGCCUCACCUUCAGGAGCCUGGUCCAGCUCAGACGCGCCAUGACCACAGGUGUGAUGAUUUUUGACUGUGAGGAGAAGACGCUGGCGACCAUUGCCGAGAGAAUGGUCAAAGAGAUGGUCAGCAGGAAGGAAAUCAGGACGGGAGAUCAGGACGGCGUGCUGAAGUCUCUGCUGCAGAACCGCAGCGAAUCGGACGACCCGGAGAGGCAGCGCCUGUCCGACGGGAUCGACCUCCAGACGUUCUCAGUCAAGGAGAAGAAAGAAGACUCGGACCACGUGGAGGCCUCCAUGGUGCUCGUGGGUGAGUUCGCGUGUUUCUGUGCGGAUCGGUGCUUUGCUGUCGGCGUCUCCACGGCGACCUGUGCUUGUAUUAUUAAAACAGGGGCCCUGGACUUCCUGGAGCGGCCCACCGUCGUGUUCGUGCGCCUCAAAGAAGCCGCGGUGCUGGACCCGGCCCUGGAGGCGCCGCUGCCCGUCCGCUUCGUCUUCGUCCUGGUCGGGCCCAGCAUGACUGACAUGUGCUACCACGAGACGGGCCGCGCCAUGGCGGCGCUCAUGGCCGAUAAAGUGUUCGUUCAGGCGGCUCUGCAGGCCCGGAGCCCCCGGGACCUGGUGGAGUCCGUGGCCGACUUCAUGGACUGCAGCAUCGUCAUCCCGCCGGCCGAGAUCCAGAGCGAAGCGGCGCUGGGCUCCGUCAUCAGCUUCCAGAAGAAGCUGCUGCAGGAGCGGCUCCAGGCGUCCAAGCUCCGCCUGGACCGACCUCGCAGGGUUUCCAUCGCCUCCGGGCCGCCGCCUGAAGACCCCCUGGUCCGAACCGGUCGCCCGUUCGGCGGGAUGAUCCGGGACGUAAAGCGGCGCUACAAGCACUACAGGAGCGACAUCACCGACGGGUUCAACGCUCAGGUCAUCGCUGCCGUCAUCUUCAUCUACUUCGCCGCCCUGUCGCCCGCCAUCACCUUCGGGGGGCUGCUGGCCGACAAGGUGGACAACAUGAUGGGCGUCCCGGAGCUGCUCAUCUCCACCUGCGUCCUGGGCGUCGUCUUCUGCGCCGUCGCCGCUCAGCCCGUCCUGGUCAUCGGCUUCUCCGGGCCCCUGCUGGUGUUUGAGGAGGCCUUCUUCGCCUUCUGCAAGUCCCAGGACCUUGAGUACAUCGUUGCCAGGGUGUGGGUGGGUCUGUGGCUCGUGGUCAUUGUGGUGAUCAUCGUGGCCUGUGAGGGCAGCUUCCUGGUGCGCUACAUCUCACGCUUCACCCAGGAAAUCUUCUCCAUCCUCAUCUCCAUCAUUUUCAUCUACGAGACCUUCUCCAAAUUAGUGAAGAUCUUCAAGGAACAUCCCCUCAUUCUGAAUUACGAUUAUUUGAAUGCGACCGUAGAAAAUCCCUGGCACCCGAGGACGGAGGAGACAGUCGUCUACGACAAUGUCACCGGCAACACGACGGUGAUAAUCAGCACAAUUAAGCCUCCCUACCCCAACACGGCCCUGCUCUCCAUGUGCCUCAUGUUCAGCUGUUUCUUCAUUGCGUUCUUCCUGCGCCAGUUCAAGAACGGGACCUUUCUUCCUGGAAAGAUCAGACGUCUGAUCGGCGACUUCGGUGUGCCUAUUGCCAUCUUCCUCAUGAUUGUUGUGGACUAUAACAUAGAGGACACCUACACCCAGAAACUAGUCGUUCCCAAAGGCCUGAUGGUGUCCAACCCGGCCAAAAGAGGCUGGUUCAUCAACCCCUUUGGAGAACACAAGACUCUCCCCGUGUGGGUGAUGUUCGCGUGCUGUAUCCCGUCUGUGCUCGUCUUCAUUCUCAUCUUUCUAGAGUCUCAGAUCACAACGCUGAUUGUGAGCAAGCCUGAGAGGAAGAUGGUGAAGGGCUCUGGGUUUCACUUUGACCUGCUGCUUCUAGUCGGCAUGGGGGGCAUCUGCGCCCUGUUUGGCGUGCCGUGGCUCAGUGCUGCCACGGUGCGCUCCGUCACCCACGCCAACGCCCUCACCGUCAUGAGCAAAGGGCCUAAACCGGUCAUUGAGAAGGUGAUGGAGCAGAGGAUCAGCGGUAUUUUGGUGGCGCUGCUGGUUGGGCUGUCGAUUCUGAUGGAACCGAUCCUGAAGUUGAUUCCCAUGUCCGCAUUGUUUGGGAUCUUCCUCUACAUGGGAGUCACUUCACUAAAUGGCAUCCAGAUGUGGGAUCGUAUCCUGCUUCUGUUCAUCCCUAAGAAAUACCACCCAGAUGAAGCCUACGCUACCAGGGUGAGCACAGGACGAAUGCACUUGUUCACAGUCAUCCAGAUCGUCUGCCUUGCUAUACUCUGGAUCGUGAAGUCCAGUCCGGCGUCCCUUGCACUUCCGUUUGUCAUCAUCCUCACGAUCCCUCUACGCAUGUUUAUGACCGGGCGUCUCUUCACCGUAACCGAAAUGAAAUGUCUGGAUGCUGACGAUGCCAAAGUAACAUUCGAGGAGGAGCCGGGUCAGGACGUAUACUGUGAAUCUCAGAUGCCAUUAUAAACGCCUUUCACGACUAAUGCCAGCAAUUUAAUAUAACAGAAAGGUGUUUAUAUUAUGUGUCACCUGCUGUUGAGCUCAGCAGCGUUGAGUAUUGUUUCUUUCCUAUUUGAAGUCGAAGCAGGAAGUAUUCACACGACCCUGACAUGUUUUAAAAUACGAAUAUUACUGAGAGAGAGACACAUUGCUCGUGGUUUUUAAAGCAUUCUACAGAUGCAUGGUGAUGCCAGCAUUUUAUAAACAGGCCAUCUGAAUGCUGGGUAGAAAGCAUUGUAGUGUCAAAAUCCCUAAGUCACUGAAUGUAAUGCAUCACAUUGCACUUAAGUUACUACUGUAUUUGUUUCCUGUUGAGAAAUCAAUAAUUUAUGAGGCAACAAUGCAAACAAAGUGUAAAUAUUUUAACAAAGUGAUCAAACUGAUAACAACAGACAACAUCACUGUAUGAUUGUACUGAGUGAGGGGUAACAUUUGUACUGUGUGUUGUGUUCUUGACAUCUCUUGAGAUCUCUAAAAUAAUAAAAGCUACCUCCCUAAA